AUGGAGGAGAGAGAAGCACAAAUGAUUUCACUUUCUAGAGGAAAACCCUGUUUCAGAAUUGCCCAUUUUCUCAAACCCUCAUUUCCAAUUUCACAACAUCAAAAUCAUUUAAACCCUCCUCCAAUUUCUACCCCCACUAAACCCAUUACCCAAAUUGCUAAAUCUCUCUCUUAUAAAAUCAAUUUCAAUGGCUGGAAAAACCCAGUUAAAAAUUGGAGUAAUUGGGUUGAUAAAUUGCUCCCUAAAUUUCAAUCUACUUGGAAAAACACUUCAAUUUAUGAACCAAUCAUCGGUUCUAAAUAUGAAAUACCUAGAUUCAGGGAUUCUGUCUUUUCAAUUUGUGAAAAAUGGUGUCCAGAAAGUAACACAUUUGUAUUCAAUUGGGGUGAAGUUACUAUAACUUUAGAGGAUAUUUUGGUUUUGGGUGGUUACUCUGUUACAGGGGACUCUGUUUUGAGUAAAAUUUCUUCAAGUGAAUUGCAGGAAGUUAAGCGUAAUUUGGAAGUAGUAUACUCUGAACUCAAUAAUAGUAAGUCUAAGAAGGUAUCCCAUUAUCAGUGGAUGGAUAUUUGGAUGAAAAGGGGGAGCGAAUUCGAGCAUGAAGCUUUUUUAACUCUUUGGCUGUCAAGGUAUGUCUUGCCUGCUCAAGCUGAUGGUGUUAUCAACAAGGGUGUUUUCCCAAUUGCUAUACUUUUAGCGCGAGGUACGAAAAUUUCAUUAGCUCCUGCUAUUCUUGCUAGUAUAUAUAAAGAUUUGAGGUUAUUGAAGGAAAAGAUUGUGUGGUUGAGAGAAUUGGGUGAUCAGGUUGAUGGUGGCAGUGUAAGCAGACUAUGUCUGUCUUCGCCGUUGCAGUUGCUGCAGGUUUGGAUUUGGGAAAGAUUUACUACAUUGAGUCCUAAACCGAAUUUUGUGACUGAUGGUAUUAGAUUACAGAAGUGGCACAAAGUUGCAAAUCCAAAAAAUAAUGAUGUUGGUUUGGCUUUUGAUGCUGCUAUGGAGAGUUUUCGAUGGAGGCCUUACACGACGAGUUUGAGCAAUGGCUCGAUAUGUGAUAAACUCUAUGUAGAAGAGGCUAGUUGGGUGUCUGUUAAUUCUGAUGUUUCUAUUGAUUUGGAGUCUUAUGCUAGGAUUGUAAGAAAUAGUAAGUUGGUUGGGUUAAAUUGUGUUGAGCAAUAUCUUCCUCAUCGUGUUUCGAUGCAGUUUGGGCUUGAUCAAGACAUCCCUUGUGUUUUCCCUAGGGUAAGUGACACCCGAAAUCUUGCCUGGAAUGAUUACAAUAGACCUGUUGGAGAUGUCAAGAUGUACAUUCCAUCGAGGCUCUUUAAGUCGGAUGUUACAAUGAGUUACUUGGAGUGGUGGAAGGAUUUAGAAGAUGUGAAGGACAACGUUAAAUGUCUGAGAAAGAGAAAAGAUGCCAAAACCAAUUCAAAACCAUGUCAAGAAUCUUCGAAGAUAUCAAUGUUGGUGCCUCCUGGUUUUAGUCCAAAAUCCGAAGGGGUGGCAAUGAGUGAUUGUUUUGAUCAACUUGAACCUUGUUCCAAGAGGUCUCAAGUAACUCCAUGUUGUCCUGAAACUGUUAUUGAGAUCAGUGAAUCCGAAACUUGUUCUGCUUUAUUUUCUAAAGGGAUGAAAUCAGAUGAAGAACCAGAUGAUGAUUGCCUAACAUUGACUGAAUUGUUUGGAGUUGAGAGUACUCAAAAGGAAAGUAGAAGUGAAGCCUUGUCAGUAAACCGUCGAGAGAGGCCUCAAUCUUCUGCCGCAGAUAAUGCUCUUAUUCAAAAGAUAACACUGGCGAAAGAAAACUCAGAGAAUUCUUUGCCAAGUCUAGAGUGUACAAGGGAAGAACUAAUUAUUGAAGAGAAAAAUGAGAGUAAGGUAGAAUGUCAGUUCACAACACCAAUUAGCACUGAAGUGAAUAAAACUCAAACUACUUUUAAUGGCACUCCUGAGUGUCCUGAUAGUCCUGAGACUCCAAAAAUGGAUAUUUUAGAUCGGAUUGCCAGGCUACAGAGAAUCUUUGACAUUUACAAAUCGGCAAAAGUGGGCUUAAUCUAG